GAAGUUUGCCCUUUAAUUACAGAGCCCGGUUCCCGUCGCAUCAGCCUUCGGAGCAAGCCGUGCGCACCGUCCUGAGCGGCCAGUUCUGUCCCGGGCGCGGGCUGGGAAGUCCCGGCGCUCUGCACGCUCCGCACAGCCACCAUGGGCGGCUCGGCCUCCAGCCAGCUGGACGAGGGCAAGUGCGCCUACAUCCGAGGGAAAACUGAGGCUGCUAUCAAAAACUUCGGUCCGUACUACAGUCGCCAGUAUUCGGUGGCUUUUGGCAAUCAUGUGCGCAGUGAAGUAGAACAGCAAAGAGACUUAACGUCACAAUUUUUGAAGACCAAGCCACCUCUGGAACCCGGAACCGUCCUGUACGAAGCGGAGCUGGCACAGUUUGCUGAAGACAUAAGGAAAUGGAAGGACAGAUACGUUGUGGUUAAAAACGAUUUUGCCGUGGAGAGCUAUGAGAACAGAGAGGCCUAUCAGAAGGGAGCGGCUCCUAAAAGUCGAAUUCUUCCAGCGGGCGGCAAAGUGUUAACGUCAGAAGAUGAAUAUAAUCUACUCUCUGAUCGGCAUUUCCCAGAUCCCAUCGCUUCCAGCGAGAAGGAGACCGCGCAGCCCCUCGUGGUCCUGCCCAGGCCGUUCCCCGUGUACCUGUGGCAGCCCUUCCUGCGACACGGCUACUUCUGCUUCCACGAGGCCGCUGACCAGAAGAAGUUCAGCACCCUCCUGAGCGACUGCGUCAGGCACCUGAAUCACGAUUACACGAAGCAGACGACGUUUGAAGCCCAAGCCUUUUUAGAAGCUGUGCAAUUCUUCCGACAGGAGAAAGGUCACUAUGGAUCCUGGGAAAUGAUCAUUGGGGAUGAAAUUCAGAUCCUGAGCAACCUGGUGAUGGAGGAGCUCCUGCCAACCCUUCAGACCGAUCUGCUGCCUAAAAUGAAGGGGAAGAAGAAUGACAGGAAGAGGGCCUGGCUCGGACUCCUGGAGGAGGCUUACAACCUGGUUCAGCACCAAGUUUCAGAAGGAUUAAGUGCCUUGAAGGAGGAAUGCAGAGCUCUCACCAAGGGCCUGGAGGGAACCAUCCGUUCAGACAUGGAUCAGAUUGUGAACUCGAAAAACUUUUUAAUUGGGAAGAUCAAAGCCUUGGUGGCCCAACCAGCCGAGAAAAGCUGCGGGGAGAGCGUGCAGCCUUUCCUGGCGUCCAUUCUGGAGGAGCUCAUGGGGCCAGUGAGCUCGGGGUUCAGCGAGGUGCGUUCGCUCUUUGAAAAGGAAGUGGAUGAACUCAGCCAGAGCUUCCGGGCCACCAAAGACGGCGUUCAGCUGAAGCAGCAUCUAGACCAGCUUAUGACUCUCCCUCUGGAUUCCGUGAAGAUGGAACCUUGUUAUACUAAAGUCAACCUGCUGCCAGAGCGCCUGCAGGAACUCCAGAGCCGCUUCAGAUGCCCCCACGUGGAUCUGGUGGUCCAGAGGACGCAGAACUACAUGCAAGAGCUAAUGCAGAAUGCAGUAUUCACUUUUGAGCAGUUGCUUUCCCCACAUCUCCAAGGAGACGCCUCCAAAAUUGCAGCUGCCAUUGAGAAGGUCAAGCUCCGAGUCCUGAAGCAAUAUGACUACGACAGCAGUACCGUGCGGAAGAAGAUCUUCCAGGAGGCGCUGGUUCAGAUCACACUUCCCACCAUGCAGAAGGCACUGGCGUCCACCUGCAAACCAGAGCUUCAGAAAUAUGAGCAGUUCAUCUUUGCAGAUCACACCAAUAUGAUCCACGUGGAAAAUGUCUACGAGGAGAUUUUACAUCAGAUCCUCCUUGAUGAGACUCUGAAAGUGAUAAAGGAGGCUGCAAUCCUGAAGAAGCACAACUUAUUUGAAGACAAUAUGGCCUUGCCCAGUGAAAGCGUGUCUAGCUUAACAGAUCUGAAAACCCCCAUGGGGUCCAACCAGGCCAGCCCUGCCAGGAGGGUGUCGGCCCUGGUUCCCCUGGGAGUUCCAGACGGCGAGACACCGGGCUGCAGCGAGGUGUUCCUGGAGUCAGAGGAGCGGCCGCGGCAGCCUGGGGCAGAAGGAGAAAGCCUUCCUCUCCCUGGGCCCAACCCUUCCCCCAGCGGGGAUGAGCAGGGGCUUCACGACCCUGCUGUCAGAGCUGUGGCUGCUGCAGAGGACACUGGAGGAGCCCCGAGCACACAUUCAUCAGAGCUGAAGUCUGGGGAUGAAGAACCCACCCUGGAGAAGCCAGAGUCCAUUGCUGCCUCAGGAUCCUUGAAGGAGCUCAGAGAGCUGUUGACCGUGAGCGUGGAAGUGCCGGUGGAGUCAGCCCCAGGGAUUGGAAACGACACAAAUGAGACACUGGUUCCCCAAGAAAAUGAAAAAGAAGAAGAGAAACCCCAAGUCUACACAGAGGGCAGUCCGGCACCUGCCCCCCAGGACAACUCUGAGGAAAAUCCAGUUGGCGAGAGGGAGGCCCAUCCUCCCCUUCCAGAGGCUGAGGCCCCUGGGGUGGAGGCUGGGGUAUUUCCAGAGGCCAGCAGCCCUGCUUCUCAGUCAGCCAGUGGGGGGUUCAGCCAGGAUGCCAGCUGCCCAGGCUCUGCAGAGGGGCCAGCAGAGUCUGUGGAGCCCCCUGAGAGGGAGCCGGGAGUAGGGACGUCUACACUGGAGGCCAGUGAAGGAGAGGCUGUGUCGCAGGAGGAUGACGCUGUAGGUGCUGACCCCGGCUGCCCCAGGGAGAGCCAGGUUUCUGAGGAAGGUGAAGCAAUGGGAGGGGAAGGCGGCACCACCCAGGCUGUGGGCAGCCUGGAGACCCAGGUUAAGGCUGCCUGCGUUCAUGAGUGUCAGUGGGUGGUCGAGAGUGCCCCGAGCACCCAGGUCCUCGAAGGUGGGAAGGAGUGGGAGGCUUGUCAGGAGAGCUUCCCGGAGCAGCCCUCAGAGGAGUGAGAGCCAUAAUUGGGCCGUAGUCUUUCUCCAAACCGAGUCAGUUAAAGGGUUCUAGUUAUGGGGGUACAUAGGAGUUGCUACCAAAAAAUCAUGAACUAUUUCCAGAGGAAACGAACACUGGCCGUGGACACUGAGGCAGACCUUUGUGGGACUGAACUGCUCCACCAGGAGUGACUACUUCAGCAUGUGAAUAGGCAUCACCGAGGCACCGAGGCACUGCAGGGCUGGGGCGAGAGGUAGCUGAGGCCAGGAGAGGACGCUCAGGCUUGGUGUUCUCAGCACAGUGCACGGGUGCUGUGUUCCUCUUGCACUUUAAGGCUUUUUAAUUUUGAGUAAGAAUGCAAACACAGACUGCAAGUCCAGCCUCACCAUCUCCUGAAGACUCAGCAACUGUCCACAGUCAGGGUGCAACGAAGGGAAGGUCAGGAACCCAGUGGCCGCUGCUGGGUGCAGCCCCAGGGGGCCGGGCAUGCCUGUCCCUGGAGAAGUUGGAGAGAAACUGAGGCAGGAAGGUUGUGGUUGGUGGGACUGUCUGCACCUGUUACUAAUUCUGCUAUCAAUUUGUUAAUGAAUCUUGUUGAGUCUUAUCAGUUAAUCACCUCGUAAGGAAAUUCAGAGGAGGCAAGGAAAUCUCACUGGCUUAUGUAAGCCUGAAAGCAUUUCAGAUUAGCCUUGGACUGUGCAAAGAACUCAUCUACAUUAUGGAACUUAAAGCCUACUAGUUAAACAAAACAUUAUUUGCACAGCUACUGCAUGCCACAUACAGUGUUAGGCAUAGUAAUAAAGAAAAGAUAAGAUGCUUUGUCUUGUACUUAAAUUAAAAGGCCCAUGAGUAUUUAGUCUAGAAGAAAAAGAAGUGCCAAUUUCCAAACCAUGACAGUUUUCUCUAUUUUCAUUCAAAUAGUCCUGACUCAUUCACAGAAGGGAACAAAAUGAAUGAAUGAAUAAAGACAGAAGCCAAGGUUUGUAUAAUCAAGUUCCAAAAAUAUUGCCUUACCAAAAAGCAGAAAUCAUUUGGCCAUACAGCAAGUUAAUUGAGUCCCUGGGAGGUAUAAACCACUGAAGAUACCACCAUGAAAAAGCUUCUGUUACUUCUUGGAGGGAAAUAGAAACAAAUACAUCUUCUAAAUGGAGCAUAGCCUGUAACCAUUAAUGUUAAAGACAGAAUGGACUUACUUGCAAGAAAUUAAGAUUUGUAGGGAACGCCAGAUCGUUCCCUACAAACUUCAGUCCCAGGUACUACAUGAUGAAGGUUCAAUCCACAGACGUCAAUAUUAGAUUUCAACGUAUUGUCCUAAGAGCCUGUUCUGAUUAUCACCUUUAAGUACAUUUAUAUCAGUUCUUCAGAGAAUUGGUUUCCACAGUUCAGUUGCUUAACCAGGAAUUAAAAUAUUUCCCUCCCUUACCCUCUCGUGAAGAAUUUCUUGGACUUCUAGGUCAUAAAGGAUGAAUAAGAGUAUCUGAAUGGUCUCCUGCUGAAUUGCUUCAGCUCUUUUAAGAGUGUGAGACUCUUGUGUCUGUGAGGGACCCCGUCAUAGGUGAGGAAGGCGGAGGCCACGUGGCCCUCAGUCCCUGCCCGUGCAGUGCUCCCUCCCUGGGAUCCUGGCUGUCAGUGCAGUGUAUUGAGAUGAUGUUUACUUCCUGCCUCUCCCAGACGCUCUUGUCAAGGACAGAAACUCGGGGUUAGUCAUCCUAUGUGCUUCCUGCUGGAAACCCACAACCCUGAAUAAUGGCUUCCUGCAUGUGCAUAACCUUAACAUCCCUAGUGCGUAGUACAGGAACUGGCAUGUGUUCACGCUGCUCAGGAAGCGUGGGACCUGAACACCCGGCUUGCUGCUGUGCAGGGGCAGUUUGGGGCUCGCUGUUAGGAAGGGAGCUGUGUGUAGUCAGGCUUUCUGCCCUUGGUGAGUCUUCCCUUAAAUAAAGUUCAGAGUCCAAGGGGCUGAUAGCCAGAUAGCCAGAAGCACUGCCCAGUAAGGCAGAGAGCCAAAGAGCAGUGCCCAGUCCCACAAAGACUGCCCUCUCCAUGGAGAAUCACAGUGAGGUGCAGUCCCAGAGCUUCCCAGCUUCCUCCCUUUGCUCACCUUUAAAAGACCUAAGAGCUUUUCCAACCCUAAAAGAGAAUUCAUUUCACCGUGUGAGAUGGAGCAGCGUCAAUGCCCUUCCUUCAUCCAUCCUGGAGGCCGGGAAGGACGAGGCACCAAGGGGCAGGACAUGCUGGAAGGUGCAGUCGAGGAACUUUUCUUCUCACACUUCACCAAGACAAGUUCUCGCAAAUGAGCAGGGUGCUUCUUCCACACGAAGAUGGAACAGGAAAUGGAAACGCAUUAAGAUCUGCGUCCGUGUUAACAGUUGGAAGGGAAGAACUUCAUGUGACCAGGUGUUUGUCUUGCUGCUCAGGCAGGUUUGUGUGUGUUGCUUCGGUGGUUUUCCUGGUGGGCACAAGACUGCUGUGAUCUGAAUGAGCAGCAUGGAAGGCCCCUGCGUGCUGCCCUGGGGGUCUCUGCGAUGGGCAAAGCAUUAGAAAUGCAUGAAAUCUCAAGACAUGGUUUUUGGCAAAAAUGAUGACAAUAAACCAGUUAUGUUACUGUUGACCUUUCACGAAGAACAUAUUUUCCUUGGGAAAAAAAUGGGCUCGGCAUUUUUUCCUAUGUAGUUUGGAGGACAGACAGUAGUGCCUUGCAUUAUCUGGAGUAAACUUUCCUAAUCAAAAAAAGAAAGGGAAAAAACUCUCCUGUGACUCUAAGGAUAAGAUUCCAAUUUUUCCAAAAACUUAUUAAAAAGAGGCUGAGCAAGAAGAACAACAGUUUUUAGGUCUGACCUGUACGUGAUUAUCAAGAUUCUCAAGGUUGGUUUUGUAAUUCUCCAGAUCAGAGCCAGUGAUUUCAGACUUCUCCAAUUCUCCCAGACAAAAGUGACUUUCGACCCUUAUAAAAAGUCCUAACUGUUAGGUGCUAUGUAGCAAUUUUAGGAUGGGGAAAGGGAAGGACAUUGCUGACUUAACAGCACAGUUUCACUAUGUGAAAAAGUUGGCAACUCCUGUCUUCUUACUUUUCCAUAAACGAAUGGCUUUGGGGGUUUGGCUUCAGAAAUCUGCAACUUCAAGAAGAAAAAAAAAAAAUCUACACUGUGGUUUUAUUUUUAUGGUCACUAUAUGAAGCAAAUAAACUCAAAACACUUUGUAGCCAUGCAUUUACUCUGCCAAGUGCCUAUAUUCCAAUAAAAUCCUCAUCCUUGAA